AGACCUGAAUUUCAGGAGGGAGACCAAGUUAUGCUAUUGACACAAAAACUGAUGCCAGCAGCAGACUUAAAAAGAAAUUCAAGAAAAUUAGUUUUGAAGUUUAUUGGUUCUUACAGGAUUGAAAAAAAGUGUCAAUGA